CAGAGGUUUAGGGGAGAACGCAAGCGGUCUCUCUUCCUGGAAUCCCUCUAAGUCCAGCAUGGCUCAAUCCCCCGUUUCUACGGCCAGAGAGGGGGAAAGAGACGUGGGACUUGGACUCACAUUCCAGUUUCCCUGUCUCUCUUCUCCUUUGCUUGGAAGCUAACAGGAAAGGCAGGAUGUCCGGGACCCACCAGGAGCUCUAUGAUGCCAUCGUGGUUGGGGCUGGCAUUGAGGGAUGCUUCACUACCUAUCACUUCACCAAAAAUAAGAGAAAAGUCCUUCUUCUGGAGCAGUUUUUUCUCCCUCAUUCCCGGGGAAGCUCCCAUGGGCAGAGCCGGAUCAUCCGCAGGGCCUACCCUGAAGACUUUUACACCAAGAUGAUGGAAGAGUGUUACCAAAUCUGGGCCCAGCUGGAGAAUGAGUCUGGGACAAAGUUAUACAGGCAGACAGGAUUACUGGUGCUGGGAAAGAAGGAAGAAGCAGAGAUUCGUACCAUUCAGGACAAUUUAUCUAAGCAGGGUGCAGAACACAAGUAUUUUGAUGCUGAAGAGCUGAGGAGGUGUUUUCCAAAUAUUCGGUUUCCCAGAGAGCAAGUGGGAAUCUGGGAGCCACAUGCGGGUGUCCUGUUUGCUGACAAGGCUCUGAAGGCCCUACAGGAUUUAAUCAGACAGCUAGGAGGCGUGAUCCAUGAUGGGGAGAAAGUAGUAGAGAUAAAACCCGGGUACCCAGUUACCGUGACAACCGCCACCAGGACCUAUCAAGCCAAGAGCUUGGUAAUUACUGCAGGCCCUUGGACUAACCAGCUUCUCCUCCCCUUGGGAAUGCAACUGCCUCUGCAGGCCCUGCGGAUCAAUGUGUGUUACUGGAGAGAGAAGGUGCCUGGGAGCUAUGGAAAGAACUUUCCCUGCUUUAUCGGGUCAUUCCCAGACCUGGCUCCCCACCACAUCUAUGGGCUGCCUGCUAGAGAGUACCCAGGGCUGGUGAAGGUCUGUUAUCACCAUGGCAACAAAGCUGACCCAGAUGAGCGGGACUGCCCCUCAGCAUCUUCAGAAGUAGCAGAUGUCCAGAUCCUCAGCAGCUUUGUGAGAGAUUACCUCCCCAGUCUGCAGCCUCGGCCUGCCAUAAUGGAACGAUGCAUGUACACGAACACCCCAGAUCAGAAUUUCAUUUUGGAUCGGCACCCAAAACAUGCCAACAUCGUCAUUGGGGCUGGAUUCUCAGGACAUGGCUUCAAGCUGUCCCCUGUGGUGGGGAAGGUCCUGUAUGAACUAAGUACGGGGUCAACCCUAUCCUACGAUCCGACUCCAUUUCAAAUUAGACGCUUCCAGGGCCUGAAUAACGCAUCUCUGUAAACCCCUGGUUAACAUCUUCCUCUUUCUACUGCCAGUGCUUAGCAUUGUAUCUGGCACAUAGUAGGUGCUUAAUAAAUGUUGAUUGAUUGAUUAGUUGAAAGCUCACUGACUGAAGGGAGACUUCCCAGAUUAAGGGAUGGUGAGACAACACCCAUGUUUCCUUUUCUUCUUGAUUGAUCUAAACUCAUUUAGUCCCUCUGGAUGACUACUUAAUCCUGCCCCUAAAAGUAGUUCAGAUAUGCCGGAGCUGGGAGGAAUGGGGGUCUACAGACCAGUUUCUUAAUGGGGGUGGGGGGGUGGCAGGCCAGAAGCUCAAAGGAGUCGAUAGAAUUUUCUUCUCUGCUGCUUUUUAAGGACAGGGAAAAUCCUUUGAUGUCACUCUCCUGGAGAAGGUGUUGGGGGUGUCGGCGAGGCUCCUUCCAAAUAGGGUUCUGUUGAUUGAUCGAUGGAUACAUAGUUUGUAUUUCCUUUUUUGCGUCCCAUUGUUUCCCUCACUGUUUCCUUUUGGCUUUGGAGCCUCUGGUGUCUCGCAUACAAAAGGAGAAUAAUAAACGCUUGUUGGACUGAC